AAUCCUGACCAUACGAGCUAACAAAACAAACCUUAACCCACCACCAUCUCCAUGGCGGUUUCCAGUUAUAGGAAACCUUUACCAGCUAAGUCUAAAUCCUCACCGCUCUCUCUGUUCCCUCAGCCUUCACUAUGGGCCACUAAUGCUCCUUCACUUUGGCCGUGUCCCCAUCCUUGUUGUCUCAUCCGCUGACUAUGCUCAUGAAGUCUUGAAAUCACACGACAUAAAAUUUUCUAAUAGGCCAAAAUCAAGAGUGGCCCAGAAACUUUUUAAUGGUGGGAGAGAUUUGGCCUUGGCCCCCUACGGAGAAUAUCGGAGGCACUUUAAGGCAGAGCAUAUGCGUUAUGAAUCUACUUAGCAACAAAACGGUACGGUCGUUUGGGAAUAUAAGAGAAGAAGAGAUCAACGUGAUGAUUCGGAAACUUGAGAAGGCCAGUUCCUCCUCUUCCCCAGUUAAUCUAAGCGAAAUCCUCAUGACUCUUACAAAUGAUGUAAUGACUAGAGUUGUUUUGGGAAGAAAAUAUAGCAGCGAGGAAGGCGGCAAAAAUUCAAAGAACAUAGUAAGGAGAUUGAUGGAGCUAAUGGGCGCUUUCCCUAUCGGUGAAUACAUUCCUAGUUUGGCAUGGAUAGACAAGAUCCGAGGUUUCGAUAAGAAAGUGGAGACAGUAAAAAAUGAGAUCCGUAGUUUUUUGGAAAAGGUGGUGGAAGAACAUGUUGAUGCAGAGGAAAACAGAUCAGACUUCACUGAUAUGUUGCUUUCUAUUCAAAAAGAUAAAACGACGCCUAUCAAGCUUGACAGAACCGCUUUGAAAAACCUUCUGUUGAAAAACAUUUGA